AUGCUAUCACGCGUAGCUUUUCGUUCAGCUGCGGCUCGACAGUCCACAAGCACAGCUAUUGCGGUACGUGGCUCUGCUUCAGAUGUCUCUGGCGUUCGAGAUGAAAAGAACUUCCCAAGACCUGUGCGAGGUGAGCCUGGGAAAGUCAGGCUGGGAUUUUUGCCUGAAGAAUGGUUCCAAUUCUUUCACUCCAAGACUGGUGUGACGGGACCGUACACAUUUGGUGUUGGUUUGGUCACAUACCUCUGCAGCAAAGAGAUUUACGUCAUGGAGCACGAGUACUAUUCCGGUCUAUCAUUGCUUCUCAUGGUCUAUGUUGCUACCAAGAAAUUGGGGCCAAAAGUAGCUGCCUGGUUGGAUAAGGAAGUUGAUGCUGUUGAGAAUCAGUGGAACGAAGGCCGUAAUGAAACCAUCAAAGCCUUGGAAGAUGCUGUAAAGUCCGAAAAGGAGGCGCAGUGGCGCGCUGAGGGCCAGGAGCUCCUCAUCCAAGCCAAGAAAGAAAAUGUUCUGUUGCAGCUUGAGGCUGCGUACAGGGAGCGUCUGAUGAACACGUACAAUGAGGUGAAACGUCGCCUGGACUACCAAUUGGAGAAGACCAACCUUGAACGUCGCCUGUCCCAGAGGCAAAUGGUCGACUGGGUAGUGUCCAAUGUUACUAAAGCUAUCACUCCUGAUCAGGAGAAGCAGAACCUGGAUCGCUGCAUUGCUGAUUUGACAGCCCUAGCCGCUAGGAAGUAA